CCCAGCUGCGAUCCCAGGAAGCAGCAGAGCUGCUGGCUGAGAAAGCCCAGAUUGCAGAGGAAGAGGCCAAGCUGCUGGCCCAGAACGCUGCAGAGGCCGAGCAGGAGCGCCAGAGGCUGGAGAUCACAGCCCUGAAGAGCAAGGAGGAGAAGCGGCUGAUGGAGCAGAAGAUGCGGGAGGCGGAGCUGAUCGCCGUGAAGCUGGUGAAGGAGUCGGACAGGAGAGCCAAGGAAGCAGAGCACCUGAAGCAAGACCUGCACGAAGCCCGCGAGGCCGAACGCAAAGCCAAGCAGAAGCUCUCAGACAUAACCAGGCUUAAUUAUCCUCACAUGGCCAAGUACCCCCAGUACUCCCCAGGUGACAGCAGAGAUGCCAACUUUGACAAGGGCUCCAUCAAGCUGGAUUUGAAGGACAUCGACCUCAAGAGACUCUCCUUUGAGAUAGAGAGAGAGAGGCUGGACUACUUAGAAAACAGCAGGAAAUUCGAAGAUCGGCUGAAAGAACUGAAAUCUGAAAUUCAUGCUCUGAAGCUGGAGGAAAAACAGGCUGGGCUUUACAGUCACUGGAAUGAAGUCCUGGGCUCCUUGGAUCGCUCCUUGGGAAGU